AUGUUGCGAUCGACCGGCACUACCUUGCGAACUAUUCAACCAGCCUUCCGUUCUUCUUUGGUGUGCUUGCGUAAGCAGUCUACAGCCGCUGCUGCCGUUGCUGUUGAGCAGCCGGUCCAUACCCAACAACCCGCCCCUCAAAAGAAGGACGAACCUCUUUCUUCUCGCUUAGCUCGUGGUGGUGCAGGUCGUGGCAAGCAGUUAGAUAGUAAUAAUGGUGAUGCCUUUUCUCAGUUCUUGAAGAAUGCACAACGAUCCAAUGAACGAAGACGACCAAACAACAACAACAAAAACAAGAACAAUAUGAACAACCGUAAAAAGGCUGCUGCUGCUGCACCUGGUCAAUUUGAUGAUGCUGUCGAAAAUACCACUUCUCGUCCACAACAACAAAAGCAAAGACGUGCUGCUAGUAACAACAACAACAAGAAUCAACGCCCUCGACGUGAUAACAACAACAACAACAACAACAACAACAACAACAACAAACGUCAACCACGGGCAGCAUUCUCCGCACCCCGAGCACCUGUCAACAAUGUCACACGACGAGUAACGACCUUUAUUGAUAAGGAUAUCGAUUGGGAAGCUAUGAGUGGUGUUGUGGAUGCUACAACCCAGGUAGAAGCCAACGAGACCAAAGUGGAUGGUGAGCAACAAGCAGCUUUAUUGGCAGCAGCGGAGAAUGGUGAAUACAAAGCAUAUUUCGAUGUGACCAAGCAAGUACAGUUGGGUUCCACAAUCAACGUUGAUAACUUGAGCGUUUUGGUUGGUGGCAAUGCAAGCUACAAUUUGGAUCAAAAGACUGUAUUCCUCAAUACUAUCUCCAAGGCUACUGGUGGUGCAUCAGCACAAAAGUAA